UUUGAAAUGGAUGAUAUCAGCGCAUUUGUGCGCCUCUUACUUGAGAAUGCUGCUGCAGCCCAAGCUGCGAGCAAUUCAGCAGCGACUCAAUCGCGGCCUUCGGCCAGUACAGAUGUCAAAAGCGAGACUGUCAGUGCAGGCGAAUCCUCAGCUAAACCCACUGAUCCUAUGGGCACACCACGUUGCGGCGAAUGCAUUGGUUGUUUCCGUGCUGAAGAUUGUGGUAAAUGCGACGGCUGUGCUGCCGGAACACAGUGUUUGAAGCGAAAAUGCGUUCAAGAAGCGAUUCUGCUACAAAAAGCUCAGAAAGCAACGCAAAAGACUGCACAACGAAAGGACACAACGGAGGUUCAGAAGAAAGAAGUUAAACAAGAAGCAGCAGCUGCGGUGCCGAGACGUGGCCCAGGUCGGCCAAGGAAAGAUGGACAUGCAAAUGCACGAAGUGGCGGAAAUUCGCAUAUCAACGGCGACAAGGAGAUGACUGAACGCAAACCUGCUCGUCGCUCCAAUGCCCGAGCGCCCACUUCUAGAAGAAAGCAUGAUGCACCGAAGAAGGUUGAACCUCGUCAGUGUAUAGAACCCGACUGCACAAAACAAGCUCGCGAUAAUAGCAAGUAUUGUAGUGAUGAAUGCGGAAUAAAGUUAGCUAAGCGUCGACUUCUUACCUUAUUACCGCAAAAAGUUGAGGAAUACUAUAGAGAACAGCCAGAAUCGGAGCGCCGCACACUUGAAGAAUUACGCGCGAUUGAUCAGAAGAUUGGACAGAUCCAGAAGCAAACAGAUACCAUGCUUAAUUACGUGCGAAUUAUCCAGAAAUAUGUGACGGCCAUGAAAUCAACAACUUCUGUAAGCUACGAUGAACCUGGAGAUGUUGAUUUUAUGGUGAAUUGUACUGUGUGCGGAAUGGAAACCAAUGGGCGCCAACUUCCGAAACAUGUUGAGCGGUGUUUCGUGCGAACGGAAAAACAGACAUCGUUCGGAACGCCCACUCCCGCUGCCUUCAACCCAGACAAUCUUUUCUGCGAAGCAUACAACAAAGCGAAUAAUACAUACUGCAAAAGAGUGCGGGUAAUCUGUGCUGAACAUUACAAAGGAGAGUUGGAAAAUGAACUGCAGAUUUGUGCAUAUCCAAAAGCAUGGGCAGAAGGAAAGUCCAUGACAUUUGCCGAGAUGUUCGAACACGGCCCCGAUCUAUUGAGAGAUCAAGGAUUCUGCUGCGCACCUAGGAAGGAAUGUGCACAGCAUCAUCGAUGGGUACAGUUGUCUAUUUCGUCCUUUAGGCUCUUGUUGGAACAAUCGAGUGCGAGAGAAUGA